AUGUCUUUUACAAUACUAUGCUCAUUUGUGUUUGCGUUUUAUGUUGUUAUUUGGUUUUUUGAUUCGUUUUUUAAGAGCUGUAUGCACUACCCAUAUUAUGCUUUUUUGGAAGGAACAGGCCUUAAAGUUGGUAUUUUAAAUUUAACUUGGACCACUGCUGCAUUUAACAGGUGUAUAUACAGGUGGAGCAAGAAUCUAAAUCGAGUUUUAAGGAAAUGGUUCACAUUUGGAUACUAUUUAACUGUAGGAUUAUUCUUGCCUUUUGUGAUAUGGACAUUAGCAUCAUUUAUAAUUGAACAUUUAAAUGAAACAAUACAUGUCUCUGGUGUUCCUGAAGUGAAGGCAAUGUUACCUGGUGUAAAUAUUCCAGCUUCAGAUUUUUGGUUAUACUUCUUAGCUAUCGCAUCUAGCUCAAUUUUUCAUGAAUUAGGCCAUGCUAUGGCUGCAUCCCAUGAGGAUGUCCAAGUAUUAGCUGUUGGUGUUCAUAUUUUUGCAAUAAUACCAAUAGCUUUUGUUCAUCUCAACACUGAACAUUUAAAUAGUUUGCCUGCUAUGAAAAGACUCAAAAUUUACUGUGCAGGAGUAUGGCACAACUUGGUUCUAGCUUUUAUUGCUAUGAGUUUAUUCUUCACAGCUCCAGUUCUAUUUAGUAUUGCCUAUGAAACUGAUAUAGGUGUUAGGGUAACAGAUUUCUCAUCAGACUCACCAUUAAAAGAUGCCAGAGGCCUUGAUAAAGAUGAUGUUAUAAGAACUAUCAAUGGUUGUGAUAUAAAGGAUUCAUAUGAUUGGUCCUACUGUUUACAUGUUGCUCAUGACAGGUUUGGAAUAUGUACAAGUGCUGAGUUUAUUGCACAAAAUGAUGAAAUUAUGAUGGAAACAUUGAAGGAGAGUGGAGUUGUUGAAUGUUGCAGAAAAGAUGACCUUUAUAGCUUUUGUUUUGAGUAUAUGGAACCAAAGUUAGUGGUUGACUCAGUUUUACCUGGACAGUAUUCUUGUUUGAAACCAAGAGAUAUGGUAAAGGAAAAACUAAUUAAGUGUACUGAAGUUGGUGGAUAUGCUUGUCCUAGAAACAUGCACUGUUUGAAGCCAUCCCUCAAUAACCACACAUAUUUUAUCAUCAUAGAAAGGAAAGAUAAUAAUGCAGUAUUAUUCUUGGGUUUGCCAUAUGACAUCUAUAAGACUGUAUUUGUGGAUCAGUACUUUCCUAGACUUGGAAUAUUUUCCUUCUUUUCCCCAUCACAGUUUGAAAAACUUCUUAGGUAUAUCUUUAUAUUUACAAUGGGUAUUGGAUUUUUAAAUAUAAUACCAUGUUAUGGAACAGAUGGACAUCAUAUAGCCAGAAAUCUUAUCCAAAUGUUAGCAAAGGCUUUAAAUAAAAAUGGAGAAUUUGUGACAUUUUGCACUGUGUUAACUGUCAUUAUAGGAACAGGUGUUACAAUACCCAUUUUAGUAUACUUAUUUUAUAAGGCUAUUUAUUUAGAUGAACUUGAUUAUUGA